UCUCAUUAGAGGAACCGCCCGCUGUCAGAAGGGGAGAAAAUAAACAUCUUGGCUACAGUAGAAGUCCUCUCAUCUGCCUGUUUUCCACGUACCUGCGGUAUCCAGGCAAAUAAGUAGCUCACCUGAUAGUAAUAUAUCGUGUGGGAAACCAGAAGAACUAGCAAGAGCAACUGCCAACAAAAUGUCAUCUUUCAACUGUGAUUGUCAGCAUCUGGGAUCAAUUGGGGAAAUCAUAAAAGAAGACUUGAUUUCGAAAUCUCAUGGCACAUGCCAAGACUGUAAAGUGAAAGGACCAAAUCUCUGGGCAUGUUUAGAGAGUGGCUGUUCUUACGUUGGAUGUGGUGAAUCUCAUGCAGAUCACAGCACUACUCAUUCUCAGGAUACAAGGCACAAUUUAACUAUCAAUCUUACAACCUUGCGGGUCUGGUGUUAUGCGUGUAGCAAAGAAGUAUUCUUGGAUCGAAAUCUGGGACCCACUUCUUCAUCUGUGCCUCAAGCAAAGGUUCAGCAACCGCAGGAGUGCCAUUCACAGGAACUUAAAAUUCCAGGGAGUCCAGGGUUGAAAUUUUCUCAAGGCUUACUUGACCUCGACAUUGAGAUGGAUGAAGAAGACGAAUUUAAAACAAGAGGUCUUACAGGGUUGAAAAAUAUCGGGAAUACAUGUUAUAUGAAUGCUGCUCUUCAGGCACUGUCCAACUGUCCUCCUUUAACAAAAUUUUUCCUUGAAUGUGGAAAAUUGGUGCGGACAGAUAAAAAACCUGCUCUUUGUAAAAGCUAUCAGAAACUAAUUGCUGACAUCUGGCACAGAAACAGGCCUGGUUAUGUAGUUCCCACAGGUUUAUUUCAAGGAAUAAAAGUUGUCAAUCCAUUGUUUCGAGGCUAUUCUCAACAGGAUGCACAAGAAUUUCUUCGCUGUUUGAUGGAUCAGCUUCACGAAGAACUGAAGGAGCACAUUCCUGAGGUUGAAGAUGACUUGCAGGCUGGACUUCCUAUAGAGGAGAACAUGGAUGAAGAUAAGAGCCUCUCAGAUGUUGAUUUUCAGUCAUGUGAGUCUUGUGCAAGCAGUGACAAGGCAGAAAAUGAAACCAACCCUAAAUAUUUUGUAGAUGAGCAUAAUGAGACCACAAUGCUAAUUCAAGAGGAAGAAAACAAUCAACUGUCUUUUAAAAACCGGGAGAAGGAGAAGAAUAUAAUUAAUAGGCUUUACAGAGCAAGCUCUGUGGAAGAGAUGGAGAAGGAUAUUGACACUUCGGCAGAGCCAGCUGAGAAGUUCAGCAGUCAAGGAACAGUCAAAGUACAGAUUCAUAGUAGGCUUUCAGAAUACAACAACGAGAUGCAUGGGAAUAAUUCAAGGCCUCAAAGUCCUGUAACAAAUGAAGCAGUAGGCAGACUGUCAAGUAGUCCACCAAGAUCUGGACCUCUGUGGUCAGGAUUGGCGCUAUCUCAUAAGAAAGCUCUCCCUUUUUCCCAUCCGAAAAGGAAGAAGCAGAACAGGUACAGGAGUGUCAUCUCAGAUAUAUUUGAUGGUACAAUUAUGAGCUCAGUUCAGUGCUUAACAUGUGAUCGGGUGUCAAUAACACUGGAGACAUUUCAAGACCUUUCAUUACCUAUCCCAGGCAAAGAAUACCUGGCAAAGCUUCAUUCAUCAAGUCAACAGACUUCAUUAGUCAAAGCAGGUUCUUGUGGUGAAGCCUAUGCCCCUCAGGGUUGGAUAGCCUUUAUUGUGGAAUAUAUCAAAAGUUGGUUUUGGGGUCCAGUAGUCACUUUACAAGAUUUCCUUGUUGCCUUCUUUGCCAGAGAUGAACUUAAAGGUGAUAACAUGUACAGUUGUGAAAAGUGCAAAAAGUUGCGAAAUGGUGUAAAAUUCUGUAAAGUCCAGAUGCUUCCUGAAAUUUUAUGCAUUCACUUGAAGAGGUUCCAACAUGAGCUUAUGUUCUCAACAAAGAUCUGCACUCAUAUGUCUUUUCCUUUGGAAGGACUUGACCUUCAGCCUUUUCUUGCCAAAGACAGUACACCACAAAUAAGUACAUAUGACCUGUUGUCCGUCAUUUGUCAUCAUGGAACAGCCAGCAGUGGUCAUUAUAUUGCUUAUUGCCGAAACAGCUUAAAUGGGUUGUGGUACGAAUUUGAUGAUCAGAGUGUUACAGAGGUUCCAGAAUCCGUGGUACAAAAUGCAGAAGCCUAUGUUCUUUUCUACAGAAAGAGCAAUGAAGAGGCACAAAAAGAAAGAAGAAAAGUGGCUGGUUUAGUAACCAUGAUGGAAUCAAGUCUUCUGCAGUUUUACAUUUCAAAGCAGUGGUUAAAUAAAUUCAAGACUUUUGCUGAGCCUGGACCUAUAUCAAAUAAUGACUUCCUGUGUACCCAUGGAGGAGUGCAUCCGCAUAAGUUUGGUUACAUAGAGGAUCAAGUUGUGGUACUGCCUCAGAAUAUAUGGGAUCACCUGUAUAGCAGGUAUGGUGGGGGACCUGCCGUUAAUCAUCUCUAUGCCUGUCACACAUGCCAGGUUGAGUUAGAAAAGCUGGAAAAGAGGAGAAAAUCGGAACUGGAAACAUUCAUUCGGUUAAAUAAAGCAUUCCAAGAAGAAGAUUCUCCUGCAGUUAUAUUUUGCAUCAGCAUGCACUGGUUUAGAGAGUGGGAAGCAUUUGUGAAAGGGAAGGACAGUGAACCUCCAGGCCCAAUUGACAACAGUAAAAUAGCUGUGAACAAAGCAGGUCACAUUACUAUAAGACAAGGAGCUGAUUCAGGACAGAUAUCUGAAGAAACAUGGAACUUUCUUCACUCAAUCUACAGUGGUGGCCCAGAAGUUAUUCUCCGCCCGAAUAUUGUUCCUCAAGAUCCUGAUAUGUCCCAAGCAGAAGAUAAAAUUGAGGUGGAAACAAGAACUUUUUAAAUGGUCUUAUCUUCAUAGGUAGAAAAAAAUAUCCUGCUACUUGCUACACAAGAACAUUCCGGAAUACUGACAAGUUUUAUGGGCAUUGAGAUUUGUGACAGUUAAGAGGAAUCAUAGAACAAUGUAAUCUUAAUUAAACUUCUUGGACUGUUUUCUUCUAAUUCUAA